AUGCCAUCCUACACGGUAGACGCGUGCCGGCCCAUCUUCCUCACCGCGUGCGACGUCCCGGAGACGGACGAUGAUGGCGGCUUCGACGUGCAUCCACCUGCGAACGACGUGACGCAGCGCCUCGCCCUCCUCGCGCUGCUGCAGUCGCCCCGACGCGACGAGCCGCCGCCCAACCAGCACCACGUCCAGGUUCAAGCACGCUUCUCGUACAUCGAGCACCGGUAUGGCACACGACCCGCGCAGCCAAAGAAGACCAACAAGCGAACGCUGGCGCGGCUCGCCAACCCGAUCUUGGGCCACACGUCGACGCUCAACGCGCUGCCGCCAGAGCUCCGCAAGAAGCGCGCGCCGCUGCACGCCGAGUACAACGACGACCCGCGUGUCGAGCAAGUCAAGCGACCGCUUCUCAAGGCUACCGCCAAGCCCAAGCGACUGGUCAAGCUCCCGAUUCAUGUCAAAAGCACGCUCAGCCGCGACCUCAAGGUCGUCAAGCCGGCGCCGAGCUGCUUUGGGACGCAGCAGCUAGCGUCCAACCACGUGCCCAAGCGCAAGCCCACGAAACAGACUGUGGCGCGCGCGCCAGCGCCAAAGGAAGAGCGCCGCAACUUGAAGGAACCGUCGCGAGCGGCCAAAGGUGUCAAGCCCGACGGCAGCGAGAAGAAGCCGGUGCGCAAGCCGACGGUGCUCCCACCGCUGCGCCCCGCCGGACCUCCGAAGAAGACAUCGUUUCGACGCGUCUAGCCGCACGCUCCUUUUAGUAUUUAACCCUCCCACGCCUUCUCAAUGCAAUGCGUACAUCACUG